AAAUAUUAGAGGUUGGCCGUGGGGUCUCCACUGCCAUUGCUCUCCGGGUCAGCUCAUGUCGACGUGAUGUGGAGGAAUAAACUAUCUCGGCGAGGUGAAAGCGUAUUCAACAAAGCUUCAGCACUAAAAAGACUAGGUUGAAUUGAGAUUAAAGUGGUCAGAUUGGUGGUAGAGCUCCAAUUUUGUAAUCAAGCUAGCUGAAUCAAUACCGUGGGUGCGAAUGUUACAAGGUGGUAGAUUCAGUUGUUGACUUUUGAGGUCGCCACGAACGAUACACGCUGCCUGCAAUCAGCAUUGGUUUGUUCAGAUGGGUAGGGCGCCUUGUGGCAGGGUGCAAUCUGAGGAAGGAUUCUACAAAGGACCUUGGACCGAGGAAGAAGACGCUAUUCUGAUUGCCUUCAUCAAGGCCGAUGGAGAGGGCAACUGGCGCACUCUUCCCAAGCGCUCAGGGUUGAAACGCUGCAGGAAAAGCUGCAGGCUAAGGUGGAUGAACUACCUGCGCCCGGACUUGGAACGCGGGAACUUCUCUCCAGAGGAAGAUGAGCUGAUAAUCAAGUUACACUCUCUUUUGGAGAAUAGAUGGUCGUUGAUUGCUGGUCGCAUCCCUGGUCGAAAAGACAACGAGAUUAAAAAUUACUGGAAUUCUCGGUUGAGACGCAGGCUGGGCAGAAUGGAAUCCGAUCCGAUAUGCCGAGAAGUAGUCGCAACACCAUUAUCAAUCGCAUCCUUGGAGUCAUCCAUCAAAGUUGAGGUGGAGAGUUCGUGCAGUCAUUUGGACACCGGCGAAAGCUCAUCUCUCGAUUCCAUAGCCACAAACCUCUCGUCACAUUUCACCACCCCAGAACCUAGUGAUCAAGAGGCACCUCUUUCUAGUGACGCUCAUGACAUCUCCAACUUCCCACAGUUUACUUUAUUCCCCAGCGUCAUUCGGCAAGGCGAAGCCAUCACGUCCACGCCCAGCAGCCAUGAGACUGUGGUCGGGAGACGAUGACUGGGAUUGUUGGCCACCCCUCGAAGAAAUCGCCGAAAGAAGUCCCGCAGAGCAGAAGCCCUCACAUGCCCAGCUGCCUGAUAGCGGUCCUUUCCAUCCUGCACAGUCUAGGGAGGAUAUCUCCUGCGGUGGCUUCGACUACCUCGGGGAUGACAUCUUAGAUUUCGAAUACGAUAACCAGGAGACGUCUAAUUCGCAUAAGUUGAUGCAUUUUGCGCUCUUCGCACCCCUGCAGAGCAAGGCUUCGUAAUCACGGCCCAACUUCCUGCACCGCAGCUUGCAACAGUUGCUCAUGCUCACAUGUUGGUAUCUGUCACCGAGUUAGUGUGGAUUUUAUCGAUUGGCAUCUGUCUCUCUUUCGAUCUAGAUGUAUAUAUCAUUUAGAUAGCGUGAGUUGUUGCGAUUAGUCAACAUCGCAUGUGCGAAGUGUAUUGUAUGUGUUGUAGCUCCACACUGACGUUUCCAGAAAGGUUGCAUCCUCACCGACACAUACGCACACAAAAUCAGAAGUCGGUGGAAACAAUCAGCUCCCUCUCGAGUUCAAUUCACUGAUACAAAGUUCAUUCUUCACGGGAAAUUUUGGCUUCAGCUUUGAGCA